UGAUCUAUUCUAAAGGCCAGUUACGAAACCUCAACCUAAUUCCCUUUCAUAGUCGGGCUAAGUGGAAGGCCUUGUCGAAAGUUUAUCCGAGAUUUGCGAUCUAGUGGAGCGCGGCGGAGCCAGACUCGAGCUGGCCGGCAGUCUGCGCGCCGCUCUCGCGCCACCACCAUGCGAGACGAGGAGUCCCCGAAGCCGCCCUCCCCCGCGCUCGCGCGCUCUGCGCCCGUGGCCGUCGGGCCCUCGCGCUUCCGUCGCACGCUACACACGCUGCGCUCACCGUUCCGCUCCGGCUCGCCCUUCCACAUCGGAUCUAUCAAACGCUCCGGCUCCACUAAGUCCUCCGACUCAGACGGCGAGAUCGUUCGAGACGAGCGCACGAUGCGCAAGAAAAACAAGAAACUGCGCGCGGACGCGGCGAGCGACGCGUCCGGCGCUUCGCGGAGCACGGACGGGUCGCCGCGCGAGGAAAAAAAGAAAAAGGAGAGCGGCGGCCUGUUAAAGCGAAUGGGGAGUAUCGGGAGGAAGCGCGAAGGAGCGGGAUCCUCUCCCGUCCCGACCCCGCCUCCCGAACCCGUCGAGAGCGGCCCGGAGACCGCCCCGGAGCCGCUCGCCGAACCGGAACCCAGCACCCCUAUAACGCCGGAGCCACCGAUCAGUGCCAUAGCCGUGGAGCACGCGGUCGCGACGCGCCCCUUUACGAAGGCUGCGUGGAAGCGCAGCAAGAGCGUGAUCGAGAUGGAAAAGCCCGUCGAGCCGCGGGCCCCGAGUCCUGGUAGCGCGUUGCGGCGGCGCAUCGCGUUCGUGGCGCAGGCCUCCGCGUGUUUCUCGGAGGACCACGACGACGGGGAGGGCGGGGGCGAGACGGGAGUGGGGUCGCUGGAGGAGGCGGUGGCGCUCGCGCGCGUGCGGCUGGCGUCGGCGCCCGCGCACUCGCCGACGCCGUCGCAUUCACGCGACAACAACGACACCGAAGAGGAGGGGUACGCGGACACGAUGCCGCCCUACGGAGACCUGCUCGACGACCAAAAACCGGAGCCGCCGUCCCACGCCUCACCCAGCGCGGAGCGACGCGAGCAUCUAUACAAGAUCCUAGUCAUCGGAGAGCUAGGCACAGGGAAGACAUCCAUCAUCAAACGAUACGUCCAUCAAUUCUUUAGUCAACACUACCGUGCUACCAUUGGAGUUGACUUCGCGUUAAAAGUCCUGAAUUGGGACGCUAAUACAGUCAUAAGGCUACAGCUAUGGGAUAUUGCAGGGCAGGAACGUUUCGGCAACAUGACGAGAGUGUACUACAAGGAGGCGGUCGGCGCGUUCAUAGUGUUCGAUGUAUCGCGGGUGGCGACCUUUGACGCGGUUGUCAAGUGGAAGAACGACCUGGACACCAAGGUGCAGCUGCCGGAUGGGUCGCCCAUACCUUGUAUAUUGCUGGCGAAUAAGUGCGACCAGCAGAAAGAAGGCAUCGUGAACUCUCCUGCAAAGAUGGACGAGUACUGUCGCGAACGUGGCUUUGCGGGCUGGUUCGAGACAUCAGCUAAGGAAAACAUUAACAUCGAGGAGGCGGCAAGGUCGCUAGUCAACAAGAUCCUUCUCAACGACAAACUCCUCCAAAGCAGCGACGCCAAGGACGGCGACAAGUUCGCGCUGGACCACAAGAUCGCAAACGGCGAGAACAGCCGCGACGGCGGCGGCAAGUCCUGCGCGUGCUGACCGGCCGGCCAUUUUGUUUACGCUGACCAUUUUGUUUACGUCGACCAUUUUUAUUAUGUCGGCCAUUUUUAUUAAGCAGCCGGUCUUGGUUAUACGUCCAGGGUUCUUGGAUGCCUAUCUACAACAACAGUCUUUUUGAAUAUGCAGUCAUCUUGGAUAUUAAGCUAACAUUUAUUGUUUAUAUUUAUGUAUGAUGUAACUACAUAGGGGCAUUCGUUACCCUUUAAAACCCAAAGGAUCAAGGUCAGUCGGAAGCAAAACUUUGAAGUUUUAAAUUUAAAAUUGAAAUUCGAGGCUAAAUAGCGAGACCGCGGGAUUUGAAAGGCAGAUUGUGGCGCAUCUCGAAUAGCUACCUAACAGACUAGAGUUCAUGUUAUUUACAGUCGAUCAAAUUUAUUUAAGUUAGUGGUAUUUAUAUAAAAAUAAUUAAAUACUGAAAUUGUAUCCAAGCUGACUGUAUAUUGCUGAAAAUAAUGUCACUUAUUCAAUGGGUCCAAUAAAAUAAAGUUCUUCUCAAUUCGGAGAAAAGCUGUUAAUGAUAUAUAUAACUGAUUCGUGGAAAUCAUGAACCAAUUUUUUUGUUAAUCAAACUCUCUAUUUAUGAUUUCGUUUGUAUUUACUUAAAAUAUGUGACUUGAUUCGGACAGAUCGAAUAAUUGUUCUAACUUACAUAUAUUUUAUUUGUCUUUCAGAUGAAAUAUUACAAAGGAGGAUUUAUUUAAUUUUAAUUUAAUAACUACUUAAUGUACCUAAGGCCGCUAUUAGAUUAUCAUAGAAAUAUGAUCCCAAAUAUAGUAGUUAUCUAUACCUUGUAUCUUUAGGUAUUUAAAUAAAAAUUAACAAACAAUUUGUACAUUUUCGGGUAGUUAUAAAAUUUAUUAGUCAACCAAAAACCGGCAGGAUCUGUGACUGUACGACUUGACUUUAACCUACGUUAUUUGAUCGUGUAAUGUUUUCAUCUACCUUCUCCUGGCUUAAGGAGCCAUUUGACGGUAGUUUUUGUUUACUUUUAUUGAAAUACCUAAAGAUACAGAGUAUAAAUAUGAAGAACCUAUGAUGGUGAAAUAAGAAUUUUAACAAGUUUGGCGUGUAUGAACAUAAUUGUACGAUUGCUAUCAAAUAGGAUCCCUUAUAUUAUGAUAAUUUCUAUGAUAGUCUACUUGCGGUCGAAGAAUGAUUAUGACUAUCCAUAGCCAAAUAUUGCCUAUCGAUUUUGCAAUUUAAGUGUAUAAUUUGUCCUGUGGUAUUUUCACAAGAUUGCGUUUUUGAAUUUAUUUCACAGACUCGCCUCGUGUCAUUUACGGCUAAUGUCAUAGGUUUACAUUAUGUUAUGUGUAACGAUAACUAUUGUAACAUAUGAUUUAAUAUUAGAAUAAGUAUUACCUAAUGUAUCGAAUGUUAAACUUGAGAGCGUGAGAGAUGUUAUUGUGAAAUUAAUAAAAUAAUUAGUUGAAGAUAAA